GAAAAAAAAUGUGUUUUUUAAGAUAUUUUUUUUGCAAAUAGUUCUUAGAGCUAUUUAUUUAUUUCUGCUACCUUUACCUAUAUUCAAAGAGCUGGUAUUUUGUUUGAUAAGUAGUGUCGUAAACCACACGGAAGAAGAUUUAUAACCGACCACAACAAAUGAGUCAUAUUUUCGUCUGUCAAAAUGUAUUUUCAAAGUGAAGAGAAUAAGUUUUAGACAGAAUGUCAGCUAAGACAUUAGGAGAACAAUUCCCACUUCACUGGCUAGUUUGGGAUAACAAUUUUAGUGAAUUAGACAUAGAGUUGGCAAAGGACAUUCAUAACAAAGAAUUGAAAGAUCCCCGCGGAAGGACACCUCUCCAUUUGUCUGUAUGUCUGGGUCAUGUGGAGAGUACUAAGACACUGCUUAGAUAUGGAGCCAAUGCAAAUGCUGAAAAUAAAGGCUAUUGGUCAGUGUUACAUGAAGCAGUCAGUACUGGUGACCCAGAACUAGUACAGAUAGUACUAAAGCAUAGGGACUAUCAGAGAUACAGUAAGAGAACUGUUGGUGUUCCAGAACUUCUACAGAAACUAAAAGAGUCUCCAGAUUUUUAUGUAGAGAUGAAAUGGGAGUUUACAAGCUGGGUGCCUCUUGUGUCUAGAAUGUGCCCCAGUGAUACAUACAGAGUUUAUAAAAGUGGAUCCAAUGUUCGAAUAGAUACAACUUUGCUUGGAUUUGACAACACAAACUGGGAGCGGGGCAAUAGAAGUUAUGUUUUCAAAGGAACAGAAAGAAGCGCAACUGUGAUGGAAAUUGACCAUGAUAAACGUGAGGUGUUUUCGGAAACAAUGGCUAUCUUACCAGAGAACUUUGACACGUCUGUGAUGGACCCUUCUCCAAACUCUAUUUGUGCCAGACUAACUAAUCCUAUUGUUACUACUUAUGUAGACACAGAAAAAAUAUCAUUUGAAAGAAACAAGUCAGGAAUAUGGGGUUGGAGAAGUGAUAGAACAGAGAAUGUUAAUACACAUGAAGCUAAAGUUUUUAGUGCAUCUAAUGUUGAGUUAGUCACCAAAACUAGAACAGAGCACUUGUCUCAUGAAGAUAAACUUAAAAGUAGAAAGAACUCAGCAAAAUCUCCCCUGGAAUCAUUUCUGGGGGUAGCAGAGGAGCAUAAUAAAAAACAAGGGGCCUCAAAUGGGGUAAGUGUUUAUACUCCACUGGAAUCAUUUCUGGGGGUAGCAGAGGAGCAUAAUAGAAAACAAGGGGCCUCAAAUGGGGAUUUAACCUCCCUGUCAUACAACCCAACAUCUAUAACAAAGGAGGAGUAUUUCAGUCAACUGAUUGAUUUAGGUGAUCGAGAUGUAGGUCGACCACUCGACCAAACCACUAAAACUCAAAAGUUCAAGGCUACACUGUGGCUGUGUGAGAAUUAUCCUCUCUCGUUACAACAACAGGUUGUGCCAAUUAUAGAUCUUAUGUCAGCGAGCAAUGCACAUUUUAAAAAAUUACGUGACUUUAUAACUUUACAGUUACCAGCUGGGUUUCCUGUCAAAAUUGAAAUUCCAUUAUUCCAUGUACUGAAUGCCAGGAUAACAUUUGGUAAUAUUAAUGCCUUAGACCAGUCAGUAGAUGGCGUUACUGUGAUAGAGAAUGAAGGUACUUGUGUUGUACAGGAGACAUGUUUUGAUCCUCCAAGAGGAUACAGUCGCUUGGGUGACGGUCACCAUGAACGUUUACGAGAUGAAGAUGAUGAACUGUUACAGUUUGCUAUACAACAGAGUCUGAUGGAUAAUGGAGGUGGUACUGAAAGUGAUCAGCUAACAUUCAUGGAGGCAUUAAAUAACAUAAGACCCCCUCCCCCACCUGUAUCAGGGACAAGGGAUGAAGAGGAGCGACUACUACAAAGAGCUAUAGCAGACAGCCUAGCCAUAUCACAGGGUAGUAAUGGAUUACCCACGACAACUCAGCCGGAAAUGAUUAGUGUGAAUGAUAUAUCAUCUGAUGUAGAUGAAGAACUUCGUGUAGCGUUAGAAAUAUCUCGUCAACAAGUGGAAGACGAUGCAAAUCGACGGAAACAAGAAGAGGAACAACUAGAAAUGAUUCUGAAAUUGUCUAUAACUGAAAAGUAAUAUGUGUCUUGAACAUCGCCCUUUGUGAAUGGUUAAAACAUCUUCUUCAUGAAGAUCUUUUGCAACUGAUAAAAUAAUAUAAUCUAUCAUAUGAAAAAUCACAUAACCUAUCAUAAGAAAUUGCUUCAAGAAGACAUUAAGGAUCAUUUUUUUUACAUUUUUGGUAAAAACUUCAGUAUAAUGAAACAUUAUUGCUUAGCUUUUGAAAUAUCUUCUUUGUUAAAAGUUAAUUGUUACAAAUUAGCGUGUAUCAAGGAAAGUAAAAAUAAGUUUUAUGUGGACAAAGACUAGAAGAAUGUGGAUGAAGACCAGAAGAAUGUGGACGAAGACAAGAAAAAAAGUAUCAUUAGUCAAGGAAAUAUUAAUAACUUAAUAGAACUACGAUAUUUUGUUGCAAAUCUAUGUUGUUAUUCAAGUUUAACAAGGUUUUUGAAUUUUCAUUUAUAAACUGUAAAUUGAGAAAAAUGUAAAAAUUAGCAGUGAAUGACUAUAAAUUGCAACCAGUGAAUGUAGGUCAUAGGUUCUUUUGUCUAUCAUUGAUUAUUUUUAUCUCAAGUAAGAAAUCCUUUCCUUUCAGAUGUCACAAUCUUACAUUGUAUGAUUUCAGCAUUUAAAUGUCUUAUAAAAUUCUUAAGGAUGUUCGCUACUCUGUUUCAAAAUAACAAGCUUUUUAAAAAACUGAUAUAAAUUGAUAAUAUAUAAAUAAAGAAACUAAAAAAGCAGAAAAAAAUGAAGGGUCCGUUUGCUUGUUUUUGAGAUAUAAGCCAUUGAAAAUUUGGCGGGAAAGAAUUCUCUCUAGAUUUAUCUUUCAUUUAACAUUGGCACCUUUUUUCUUUUAAAAACGUUGAAAAAAAAACAAAGAUUUUAUAAGAUUUUCAAAGAUAACAUUUUAAAUUAUAUGAAAUCAAAUUCUGGAAAGAAAAGUAGGGGUUAAUGGGCAAAAAUUUUUAAUGGCACUACUUGGAUAAAACCAGAGGAUUCUGAAUAUCUGGCAAAAAUUCUACUACAAGAGGAGCGAACAUCCUUAAAGUAUAUGAACAUCUGUGUUACCAUGGUUACAGUCCACAUAAAAAUCAGAAUGAGAAGCACUUGGUUUUUAGAGACUAAGAAAAGAUGUCCAAGGGGAGACAACUAGAUAAACAUCCUUUUUGCGUAAUGGAAACAAUAGAAUAUUUGUCCUUUGAUCCUAGGGGUUUUUUCGUUCAAAGAAGUAACCUUAUGUAGAAAUUAAAUGCUUGCUCUCUGGUCAUAGCUGAGACAAUUUAAAUAAUGAUUCUUUUGUCCUUGGGGACAAUUUACAUUGGGGAACAUUUAAAAUAAAAAUCCUUUAAAAAGAAGGGGAAAAAAUAUACAGAUAAAAGUUAUUUGAUUCAUAGGGAGACAAAGGUCUUUAAACUGAGAGGAGACAAAUGGAUGACAUCUGUUGGUCUGGAGAGCAUGCUCUGUCUAUGGGAAAAUGUGGUCUGGGAGACAAUUAUAAUAGACAACAUUAUAAUUUAAAAGGAAAGACAAUAAAGAUAAGUGUUCGUUGGAACUGUAAGCUCACAAAUCUUUGCCCUGUUUUAAUUAUUGAUCAAACAUUGCGACAGGAUAGGUAUGACAAAAAUAAAACACACAUUUAAAUUUUGAUAGCCAUAUUUGAAUAUAGCAAUUCCUGAAACCUUUAUUAUAAAAUCUGAAAUGCUUGUCCAUCAUUGUUCAACAAUCACAAAAAUUUAAAGUUUACAGAUCUUUAGGAGAUAAUUACAAUAGGCUUGAUAAGAUACAAGGAGAGACAGUUGUGGUACUAGGGGAGAUAAUUACAAUAGGCUUGAUUUGAUACAAGGGGAGACAAUUGUGGUACUAGGAGAAAUAAUUACAAUAGGCUUGAUUUGAUAUAAGGAGAGACAAUUGUAGUACUAGGGGAGAUAAUUACAAUAGGCUUGAUUUGAUACAAGGAGAGACAAAUGUAGUACUAGAGGAGAUAAUUACAAUAGGUUUGAUUUGAUACAAGGAGAGAUGAUUGUGGUACUUGGGGAGAUCAACAGAAUUUAUAGUCCAAGGACAAAAAGGAGUAGGCUAUUUAUUAAUACUAGCCUUCCUCUUCCAAGUUUACCUAACUUGACAAAGGGAGGUAACUGAUUAAGAAUUUUAAGUUGUCAGAUUUAUGUGAUUGACAUUUAUUCAAAGUAAAUGUUGUUAUUAAUAUAUUUGUUUAAAUUAAUAAAACUAGGGGUUUUUUAUUGGUCAUUUUCACCACAAAAAAUAUAAGAUUGAAGUGCAAUGGAAAAUGGGAAUGAAAUUCAUUCUUUUAAAUAUUAUGAUUAAAAUGUAUACCUACGGAUGUUAAUGUAUUUCUACCGAUGGAAAUGAACAUGUAUUUCUACCGAUGAAAUGAACAUGUAUUUCUACUGAUGUUUUUACUGAUGUUAAUGUAUUUUUACUGAUGCAAAUGUAUUUACAAUGUACUGUAGAUAAGAUAAGUCUGAAUUAAAAUACCAUAAGUAAUUGGAUUAAUUAGUAUUCAUUGGGUACUAAUUUUCAUAAUUUUCAUGGAUUUAAUGGGUAAAAUUUUCAACAAAAUACAAAUUCCUACGGUCUUGUCAAAACCCAAAAAUCAAGUAUAGACGAAAAAUAUUUUUUCUUCAAUUUAAGAAAAUUGUUACCCACAAAAUAAAUGAAUGCACAGUAUACAUAUUCAUAUUUAUUUCCAUCAUUUAAUACAGAUGGAGACAGACACAAGUCACAUCAUCAUAAGUUUUAUUUACAUUUACUUAAUGAGAUAUAAAUGCUUUAGUAGCUGUAGAGAAAACGAAAGUGACACGACAUGACUGAAAACUCUUUAUCAAAAUGGAAAAAAAAAAAAGAAAAAAAAAAAGACCAUGUCUAAUAAAAGAAAAAAAAAUGUAGUUUGACUUUGGGGAGGGGGGAAUAUGGGAUACUAAAACACCAAGACAAAAUUAUAACCAAGAAUAUCUUGGCCAAACAGAAUUUUUUAAUAAACACAAAAUUGGUAGUUACCUUUUUAUGAAGUGCAUAUAUAAAGGAAACAUCUGUCACUGUCUGUAUUUUUGGAACGUGUUAAUAGCACAUCAUGGAAUGUUAUGACUGCACCUUUCUGUAAUUAAGAUACACUUAUUGUGCACAACAAGCAAUGUUAUAUAUGUAUGUGUCUGUAUUUUGAUACUUUGUUAAUCAGCAUCUUGUAUUGUCAAGUUUGUAUCCAUUUAUAUUUAAAGCUUGCUUUAGAUGGUGUAUAACAAAUGUUACAAAUCCUUGAGGUAAAAUGGCAGUUUAUUUGUCAGUUACCACAAGAAAGGAGCAUUGGAAAAUUUUCAUAAAUUAAAAAAUUAUUUUAUGAAAUAAAAGUGAGAAAAUAAAUACCACAGUUUCAAUAUAGUACCAAAAUUCUAAAAAAAAAAAACUAUUUGUACUUUUGAUAUUAAAGUGAAUCUUUGUAAAUAUCUUAGAAGCAAUGUUGAUAUGAAUUUAAGAUGUAAGACAUACACCAAUUAACAAUAGUCAGCAUCCUCACAAAAAAAAUCAGGGGGGGGGGCUGAUUAGACAGGAUCCUAACAACAAGAAGAAAUUUAGAGGUAAACAUGAAAUACUCAACUUUAGACAUGACCUGUAUCUAUACCAUAUAUCAAGCUCUGACAAAGUAAAGAAAAGUUGAAAAUAUUUUACUUUAUUAAAACAAAAUUGUCAUGUUUUUGUAGUAAAGACUAGAAAAGUACUGAAUCUAUUGUGUCAAAUACUGAAGCAACUGUGUCAAGUACUGAAUCCAUAGUGUCAUUACCGAAUUAAUUGUGUCAAGUACUGAAUAGAUUGUUUCUAGUAUUCAAUCAAUUGUCAAGUACUUAAUUGAUUGUGUCAAGUACUGAAUCCAUAGUGUCAUAUUACUGAAUGGAUUGUGUCAAGUACUGAAUAGAUUGUUUCAAGUAUUGAAUCAAUUGUCAAGUACUUAAUUGAUUGUGUCAAGUACUGAAUCGAGUGUCAUUGCUUGAUCAUUUUUGUCAAUUAUUGAAUUGAUUGUGUUAAGUACUGCAUAGAUUGUGCAUUGUGUCAAGUUCUGAAACUAUUGUGUUAAGUACUGUAUCAAUUGUGUCAUAAGGAAAAAUCAAAAUGUUAGAUAUUGAUAGGACCAUAAGAAACCAUUGGAUUCAGCCCUAGUUUAUUAACUGCAGAACAGUAGCUAAUAGUCUAUAAAAAUACGGUACAUUCAGAAUAAACAAAAUACAAAGAUAUAAAUUUUAAAAAUAUAUACUUUUAAAAAAAGACCUUAGGAAUUCAUUAUAAAAUUUGAAUAACUUGAAUAGUUGUUUUGAACAAAAUAAUUAACUAGAAAUCAAACUGAAAUUUGAAAUUUGAAAAGAAUUAUAUUUUGAUGUCUACUGAAUUUUCCUGAGGAUUAUUUGACAUUAUUUCUGUGAUGUUUUGAGAGAUCUAUCAACAUUUCUAUUGGUGCUGGUAUAUGUGAUAUUUAUUUCAUUUCUUAAUCAUUUGUAAUUAUACUUUGUAAAUGUAAAUUAAGUAGAUCCUGUACACUUUUUUAUCGGACAACAAUUAUACAUUACUGCUUUAUAUCAUUCCUAUAUUGAUAUAAAUAUAUUGUCACUAGGAUUUUCUAUUUCUGUCUUUUUUUGGGGGGGGGGGGAGGGGGAGGUCUAGUUACAUGAAGUGUACUACUAGUGAGGAGAAUAUAAGGGGGCAGUCUUUUAAAAAAACCUACCUGUUUUUCAGAAAUCAAUGCCUUCUUUUCAGUAUAGAGAAUUCUUUCUAUAUUGUUUGUAUAUACAUUGAAGAUGUUCACGACACUUUGCAUAUACAUCGGAUAAUUUUUGGUGAUUUUUCACAUGAUGAAACUUACUAAAUUUUCAGCAACAUUCAUGAUGGAAGGUAAUUUUUUUUUGUGUAUUCAACUUGUAAAGUUUUCAGCACCCUCUUUUUUCCAAAAAAAUGUUUAAGUGAAACUGAAGUGGAGAUGCACAAGGCCACCAGGUACUAGAACUUUUUUAAACCGCUGACUGGUUAGGAUGGAUUGGGGAACUGAGAUAUUCAUUGUAUAACAGAAUUGUGAGUGUUUGGAGGUUGGACCUAUCCCCCCUUUUCUCUCAGCUAUAUCAGAUUAGGUCAUGUUAAUAACCUCUAAGGACCAAUCUGUAAACCUUCAUGAUAGUCCAGGAAAGUUAGAAGAACAGAAUUGUUACAAAAGUAGUGGAGAUAUUUAGACAAGUAAGACUAAAUAAGUCUCUCACAUCCAUAUAUAAUAAAUAUGCAUAAAGUAAACAUAAGCAUUCAGAUGUAAAUAAAAAAGAUGAAAUUUCUAUGAUGUUUAUCUGAUAUGGAUUAGUGACCUUUUAAAUGUGCCAUAAUUAGAAAAAAAUUGUGAAGUAUAUUCAAAGUCACCAACAAAGUAUAUUAUUAUUGUAAAUUUUUGUUUAUUUCUACACUAUCUACGAAUAAUUUAUACAGGUACCCUGAAUUUUGGAAUGUUGUUUAUUUCCGCAAUAAAUACCAGACAGUUUAUUCAAGUUACAUGUACCCUGUUGAUGGAAUCUUUUUAAUUUCUACAAUAAUUACUAGAUAGUUUAUUCAAGUUACAUACAAUCAUACCACAUCUUCUUAUUUUUAUAUACAUGUACCCUGCAUGAUGGAACCUUGUUAAAAGCCCUUACUAGACAAUUUGUAUAGAUACCAUGUGUAAUUUAACCUUGUUAAUUUCUACACUUAAGGUUAGAUAUUUUUCAGUUAGCUAUGAUAUAAUGUGAGGAAUGCAUAAACAGUAAAACUGUAGAUAAAUAUGAUUCUAAAUACAGUUUUAUUUCAGUACUAUAAUGUCUGGUUGUUUAUUUCCCUGCUUAUAAGACUUAUGAAAUUGCUGGCUUGAUUUGUUGUCAACUACGUAGUGAUACUUCCGUAUUGUGUUGAGAGUUUUUAUAAACUAUAAUUCCAGCAGUGUAUAAAUCAUUGUAAGUGUCAUGUAUAUUAUUUGCAAAUUGAUAUUGUAUAAAUGACCCGCAGCAAGUCACAUAAUGAAGCCUUUUUCAUCUACAAGAUAUUAAUUUUUAAUUGAUUGUUAUUGGACCUGUGAAGAAAGUUGUUGUGUGCAGUGUAGGUUAAAUAUGCUUCAUUCAAAGUAGAUUGAUUCUCAUUUUGUCCAUUCAGAAUAAAUAAUGAAUAGUCAAGCAAACUUCCAUACUGCAAGAAAAGAUAUGUAUGUAGACACACCUCCUUUUCAAUAACAUAAAGGGAGAUAACUCCAUACAUACUGUGCAUGCAAGAAAAAGACAUUAUGUAGGCACACCUUCCCCCUUUCAGUAACAUAAAGGGUGAUAACUUUUAACAUCAGUAUUAUGCUUUUGUAAUUGGCAGUUUUGUUCAUUCUUUUUAAGCAUUCUUGUGAAACAGAAUUAAAUUUAAUCUUUGUUCCUAAGAAGCUUAUGAUAUAAUUAUGAAAAUGGUUGAUACAAAUGUAACUGUGAUUUGUAAGAGUUGUGUCCCUUAACAUAGGUGUUCACCUUCACCUAUCUUCUUCAUGCCAGUCAGUGUUUAAGGCCAGGAUACAUUCUUUCCAUUUAACACAGUCUUUAGCUGUUUUCCUUGCUUGGAAGGAAAAACCAAACAGCAAAACUUGACCCUGCAGGUUGUAGGUUUCUCGCAUGGCUAAUCACCUGGCAGAGUAAAAAAAGCUGAUUACGGAAACCCAAGAUACAUUUAAUACUUAGGCCUACACCCUCCUAAUUCCUGAUUUAUAUCAAACAUUAAACUGUAAACUGAAACACAAACCUGGGUCACCCUAAUAAAAGGAUGGACAUACAUGAGGAUCUUUUUAUAUUAUCUGACCUUGUAUUUAUUAUUUUUUCUGGCAAGUAAUAUAGAAAUAUAUAUAUAAGUAUAUAUAUUUUAAAGCCUGUGUUCUGUUUAUAUGAUGUUAAAAAUAUUUUUAUUUUUGUUGAUUUCUGUCUGGUUGAUAAUAAAUAUACUUAAACAUG